UAUUAGGCGGUUGCACCAAAACGGCUCCUGUCGGACGUGUUGCUCAAUCUUCCGUUGUUCGGAAACCGAAAAUAUUCUGAUAUCGUUAAAGAGAACCACAACAGUCUCAGCCAUGUCUGGGCCUGUCAGCUUGGAGCUGGAUCCUCUCUUUCUAAAGGGACUGAGCUAUCUGCACUCGAAGAGCAAAGAUUCGGCCGAGAAGCUCAAAGCUCUGCUCGACGAGUCCCUUUCAAGAGGAAGCGACUCGUCCUACCGGUCCUUGCAGAAAGAGGCCGAGGUGUCAAAGGCGUCCGUGUCCAAGCUGAGCUUGAGUAAACAAGAUUCCAAGUCAUCAGGUUCGUCUUCCAACAGCAGCAGCGGAAGCAGCAAAUCCAGCUCUGAGAAGAGCAAGAAAGAUGUGGAGAAAAGGCCGUCGGAAAAACAGGUCAGGGUUGACCUCAGUGAAGUGGACCCCCCGAAAAAGCCUCGCCUGGAGAAACAGGAGAAUCGUUCUUCUCCCAUCACCGUUCAGACGAGCAAAGACCUGCUGCCAAACAUCAGUGACUACGACGAGACUAAUGCUGAUGACUUUGCCAUGGAGAUGGGUCUGGCUUGUGUGGUUUGCAGACAAAUGACUGUAACCAUGGGAAAUCAGCUAGUGGAGUGCCAGGAGUGUCAUAAUCUCUAUCACCAAGAGUGUCAUAGACCUCAAGUGACGGAUAAAGAAGUUAACGACCCCCGGCUCGUGUGGUACUGUGCUCGCUGCACCAGGCAAAUGAAACGGAUGGCCCAGAAACCUCCACAGAAACCUUCCCCUGCGUCUGCCUCAUCCACACCUGUUGUAAAGGACACUGUGGUGAAGAAGACCGACCUCAAACUAAAAACCGACACGACCAGCACCUUCCAAGCUUUCAAAAGAACAGAAGUGAAGCCUCCGGCCACAUCAGCCAACCCCACCAGCAGCAACUCCUCUUCCCCAGGCAGCGGUCUCACUGGCUGGGCUGCGUUCGGUGCCAAAACAAACCCGUCUGCUCCUGCCACUUCCAAACUUUCCUCCUCUGGCCCGAGCGGGAGCAGCAAGGCUUUGGCAGCUCCGUCCGGUCAGAAACCAGUGGGUUUGUCGGGACUAGCAGGAGCCAAAUCGGGACUGGGUGCAAAGGUUACUGGGAGCAGCAAUGGAAAUGGCUCCAGCCAGGCAACUCUGAAGCCUCCCCCACCUCUAAAUCUAGGUAAGCAGACACUUAGCCGCUCAUCUAGCGGAGAAAGUCAAGGGAAAGGCUCUUCUUCGUCUGGAGCAGGUUCACCAAGCAGCUCACAGGCGGCGGCCGGGGGGAACGGAGGGAACAACGGAGGAGGUAAUGGAAACAAUGGGAACGGCUCAAAGGGCGCGCCAACUUCUCAGGAGUCCCAGCUUCAUGCCAUGAAACGCCUGCAGAUUUUGAAGAAAAAAACGGCUCAGAAGAAACUGAAGAAAUAAGUCAAGGUUGAGAGACAUGAACCUUGAGGAUAGAGGGUGACGCGAGGAAGCAGAACGAAAACAUGUAGAUUAGAGCAUCGUGUUUGCACUUCAAGAGCUUCUGCACAAGGAGUCACCAUCAUCCAGUCACAUACUUGAACUUCACUGUGUGUUAACGCUGCUGGAUUCUGCUUUGUGCCUCUUCUGUCCUAACAAAAGCAACCAGUGAGCAAAGUGUCACUUUUUAACAACCCGGUAAAUAAAUAAUCUCUUCACGCAAACUGGC